AUGAAGACCUCUAUUGCCUGCCUUGCUGCCUCCCUUCUCUCUACCGCUUUCGCCCUACCGUCUGCGGGCAACAGUGCCAUCGAGGCUAGAGCCGGCAAGGUCAAGUUCAACCAAUAUAGAAACAUGGCCGACUGCCAAAAUGACGCAGGCAUUCUUUACCAUGCUGCCCCCGUCUCUGGUCGGUGCUAUGACAUUGAUGACCAGACUGGCGCGUUUUUUUACAACCCUGGCAUCUUCACUCAAGUUCACCUCUACCAGAACAAGGGAUGCAGCGGCGCCAGCCAGAAGCUAUCUCUUCGCGGAAGCUGCUUAGACAGGGUUGGCAAGGGGUCCAUCAAGAUGUGGUAA